AGAGAACUUGAGAAGGCCUUGCCUCCUCGCCUCGGCCAACAGUGCGAAAUGUGUUGCGGGAAAUUUCGGUAAUUCGUGAACUCCCGUGAUCGAUGUUUGUAAACCCCGUACGUCACGUGGUCUCUUCCUUAGGAUUUAUCGUCGUGAAAAGAAGUCCCAUCUAGAGAAGAGUAUUAGGCCAAAAUAUCUAAAAGAAAACUAGGUUCUUUUUGGACUAAAGAUGACUCAGAACGGAGAUGAUGUCGAUAUGAAAGAACAGGAAACGUUGACAGCAGAAGAGGAAACUGAAGCUCAAACCCUCUUAGAUCAUGGAAUCAGUAAAAUUGUUGCCAAAGAACUUCUGGCCAUUUACAAAACUGAAAAACUAUCCCAGUCCGACUUGGACGAUCGUGCCAUGGAUGCUCUGAAGGAAUUUGCUCCUGAUGAUGCAAUCAAAGUGCUGAAACAAUUUUGCGAAAGUAACUUGGAGCAUGUUGGCAAUAAAAGUGCCUUUUUGUGCGGGCAGAUGAAGACGUACAGGCACAAACUGAGAGCUGGAAAUAUGCCACCAUUGGUGAAGGGUCCAGAUGAUGCAAAGCUGAAGGAAAUCUUGGAUCGCACUGGCUACUCACUUGAUGUGACUACAGGCCAAAGGAAGUACGGAGGACCCCCACCAGGCGGUGACCCCACCCCUCCAGGCUCUGGACAUGAGAUUUUCUGCGGGAAGAUUCCCAAAGAUGUGUUUGAAGAUGAGCUUAUCCCAUUGUUUGAGAAGUGUGGAAAAAUUUGGGAUAUGAGGUUGAUGAUGGACCCCAUGACAGGACUGACUCGUGGGUAUGGAUUCAUCACUUUUUGUGAGAGAGAGGCAGCUUCAGAGGCAGUAAAUCAGCUGCACAAUUAUGAGAUAAGACCUGGAAAACAGCUGAAAGUCAAUGUGUCCAUUGCCAAUGUGAGGUUGUUUGUUGGCAACAUCCCAAAAAACAAGUCCAAAGAUGAAAUCAAGGAAGAAUUUGGGAAAAGAACAGAUGGAUUGGUAGAGGUUAUUGUGUAUGGCUCUGCUGACAAUCCAAAGCAGAAAAAUAGAGGUUUUGCAUUCCUGGAGUAUGAGACCCAUAAGCAAGCCUCUAAUGCGAAGAGGAAGCUGCAGGCCGGACAUCCAAAGUUCUGGCAGUGUGAUGUCAUCGUCGAUUGGGCGGAUCCAAUGGAAGAGCCCGAUGAUGAGACUAUGUCGAAGGUGAAAGUCCUGUAUGUCAGAAACCUGACAUCUGAUGUCACUGAAGACAUGCUGAAAGAAAAGUUUGGUGAAUUUGGCAAGGUGGAGAGGGUGAAGAAGAUCAAGGAUUAUGGAUUUGUCCAUUUUGAAGAGCGAGAUGAUGCCCUGAAGGCCAUGGAGGGUCUGAAUGGACAGAAGGUUGGCAGUUUAGAUAUCAACAUCUCGCUUGCAAAACCGCCUUCUGAGAAUAAGAAAAAGGAGCAGAGGAAACGUGAUCAGGAGCGCCGCUUGAUGAGGGCGGCCUACUACGGUUUUGAUGACUACUGGCCACCAGCACGUGGUGGUGCCCAAAGAUCUGGACUGAGACGACCUCCUUAUCCAGAACCCUUCUAUGAUGAAUACUAUGGGUACGAUGACUAUGACUACUACGGAAUGCCACCAUUCCCCCCCAUGCGUGGUGGACGUGGAGGAAGAGGCAUGCCCCCUCCGCCUAUGCGAGGUGGUGGGGGCCUUCGUGGCCACGCAAUAGGAGGUCCGGCAACACGCGGGGCGGCCGGUAGAGGUCGUGGCGCUGGACCUGCCCGGGGAGCCUCACGCGGGGGACGUGGGGCUAGCAACGGAAACAGCCCGUCGGCAGGCUCUUCACCAGUCGCGGCCAGGGGAGGAAAACGGAAAGCAGGAACAGACUUCACGUCUGGGACUUCGAAGCGACGGAAUACGGACAGUUGGGGCUCACAGCCUAUUGCGCAGCAGCCCUUGAAGCAAGAAAUGAAGCAGGAUAUGUAUGGAGCCAUUAGCUAUGAUGGGAAUGAUGGUCAAGAGUGGUACCAAGAUUCGUAUGGGCAGCAGUGGAAAUGAAACUCACUACUACCAAAAUCUUGUGAUAAAAUUCAGUCCCUGCCCAUAUGUGUAAAAUAAUUGUUACAAAAGAUGGUUAAUAUUGGGCUGAAAUUGCAGCCUGGUAAAUUAACGACCCACGUGAAGUAUGAGGUCAUGUGAAACAAAGGGGGGUCACUGGCAUCUGUCUUUGGCCCAGUUAAAAAGGCUUCGAAAAUUAAUGCUGGGCACCAGUAGUUGUUCAAUAUAUUUGUACAUUCAUCUUCUCCUGGCCUACGUCUCGUGUAUAUAUAAUUUUUUUGAUCUUUAUAAGCAUAUCCCCCCAAAGAUUUUUCUUUUUCGGCAAAGUCUGAAUUAAAAAACUUUAUUCGGUCUCCUAUAUAUAAUUAUCUCAUCAUAACCUCAGGCUUUAUAAGCACCAGGCAUGAAUGGAUAAUGCCCAGAUUCCGCACCGUGUGGUCUCGGGCUCAAGGGUUCCGUUCUACGGCAGCUUAUGCACAAAACCAGGACCAAAAAGAUUGGAUCCUGCAAUGCAUGCCGCAUCUGCAUCCAACAGAGUACGCCCACGGCCGCCUCUGCCGUAAUGUUCGCUAUUAAAGUGAACAGGUAGAGGCCUGGCGUGGGUUCAACAUUGUCAUCCACGUUGUAGGGAUAGUACGAAAAUUACUCUGGAAAUCUUUUUUCAUCUUGUGAAUCUUUUUUAAUCCAGAAUGCCGAAAAAUAGUUUUAAGAAGUGUAUCAGUAUUUUACUGUUUUAUUGUUUGGUGUUUCGUACUGGAAUUUGUGUAAAUUGUCAUGUAGUGAAAUGACAAGUUCAUUAAAAAUUUGCUUGAAAUUCAAAUAAUGGCAAAUAUUCAAGGUUAGUGGAAUUGAUCCGAAAAUGAAGUAGGACUAAUGAAACUUGGUGUUUAAUCUGGACCCUUCAGUUGCCACGGAGGAGUUGGCACAGAUUGUUUAGCAUUCCACUAACCGAUUUGUUAUUUUCAUACAUGCAUCUUCAUAUAUCAUCACAACGCCAUCCUCAUCUCGCUUCAUCUCGCCAUUGUCAUGUGUUCAUGCAAUAAAAUUGCAUUUUAUGUACAAAAA